GUUCUUUGAAACAUUUAUAAUCCAAAUGUUCCCCGACUGCAAUGAAAAGUUUGGUCGAAACAUAUUACAGCUUAUUUUUUUUUUAGCUCGUUUUUGGCAGUCGUGUUUUUGUAAAUUAGUGAUUUAUAAAAAAAAUAUUUUAUUUUAUUUCUUUUAAAACUAUUUUGAUAACCUUAUUGCUAUAGUCAAUCUAAAUUGCUAAAACAUUUUUUUAUUAUUAAUUUUUUUAAUUGUCAUAUGUCAGCUAUAUUAAAUAUAAAACAAAUGUAUAGCCAGUGUCACUCGAGAUGAUGUAAUAUUGAACACCCUAUACCUACAUUAAUAUCCAAAGUUAUAGGGGAAUAAAGAAACUUACAUACAAACAUUAACCAUAAAUACAAUAAACUCUUUUUUUCAAUCAUGUAAUAAAAUAACAAAUAAAAAUCUAACCAUAAUCAUAAAGCUUAGAUUCAACAUUAUAUUAGUAAUGUAAAUAAAACCUUAAUAAAUAUUUGAUUUCUUAAUCUUCCUCAUGACAUACUAAUAGUUACUAGAUUGGUAGCUUUUUUGCUUUCAGACAUAGAUAAAUAUAGUUAGGGUCUUUCAAAAAUGGAUUUGAUAGUAUGAAAAAAAAAUUGUUUUUUUAAUAAAAAUGCUCGAUUUUUCGGGACAUUUAGCGUCCCGAUUAGGUUCAAAUCGGGAUGCGUCCCCGGACCCCUGAAAAUCUGGACGUCCUGCGUAAAUCGGGACACCUAGCAACACUAUCUGUAACUGUGUUUUUAAUCUGCUUUUUGUGCUUGGUCUGUGAAAAAAUUAAAAAAUUCAAUCAAGAUGGACGUGUAGUUAUUUAACGCGAGAAAAUAGGAAUUUAAAGUGCUUGUAGAUGGUAUGAAAUUAUGAUAAUUAAAAACCAAUUAAUGUCUUACUCUAAAUUAUAUGUAACAAAUAAUAUUAAAUUAUGACACCUUCAUAACCAAUGAAGUGUUCCAAUUACGUCUGUGAUAUCAAACAUUAUUUUUAAUUUUAGGUAAAUAAGUUAACAAAAUGUAUAAUGGUAUUGGUCUAACUACUCCACGAGGAUCAGGAACCAAUGGCUACGUUCAAAGGAAUUGGGCUUCGGUGCGGAAAACCAAAGAUACGGUAAAUUAUCGCACCGAAGAAGAGAUAGCAAAGUUAGACUCGGCGUCUAACAAACAGCCAAACCGAGAAAUAUUAGAUCAUGAGAGGAAAAGGAAGAUUGAAGUGAAAUGUGCAGAACUGGAAGACAGUCUCGAGGGAAUAGGGUUGCCGAAGGAUGAGAUAGCGGCGCGGGUGGCUUCGUUCAGAGCGAAGCUAGCGGAGACCGGUGCCUCUGACAAGGACGUACCAAAAGACGAAUUUGGCAGGGUCGCCGUGCGGGAGACGCAUGCGAUCGCGGAGGCCCAACAGGAGAAGAACGCGCGGUUACGUGACGCAUUCGGCAUCUCUCCUCGAUUCGUGGAGGGGACCAGCCUGGACGCGGAGAGGCGCGCGCGAGAUCACGCGCAGAGAUAUCCACUUGUCAGAACGCCCAGUCAUGAAAGAGAGGAACGGGACGCGCACGUUUCUAAAAGAAAAAAGAAAAGAAGCACAUCACCGGAAUCUAAGAAGUUGAAGAAGAAGAAAUCGAAGAAGAAUAAAAAGGAAAAACAAGAAACCAGCAAGAAAAAGAAGAAACGCUCCAAAUCAUCAGACUCUGGUAGUUCGAGCAGCACGGAGGCGCAACAGGACAGUGAUUCUGGCAGUUCAGAAGAUGAAAGACAGAAAAAGAAGAAAAAGAAAAAAUCGAGCAGUAGACGUCGCGGCAGCAGCGCGCCGUCCACUAGGGAGAGUUCUCCCGCGAAAUAUGCAAAAGAGAGGCCACGCGAACGCAAAAGUGAAAGUCGCGAUGAUGAUAGGAACCAAUAUAGAAAGAGAGACAAAGAUCGCGAGGAGAGAAAUAGGAGAUAUGAAAAAGAUGACACUCCUGUUAGGAAUAGUCGACCUAUCGAGUCCAAUAGGCGACAGGAGCGUAGUGCAUCUAGAGGCGACUAUCAUUCAUCACCUGAACCUAGGCAGCGGUCUCAUAUAACCAAAAUAGAAAACAAAAAGCGAGAACCUUCAAGGGAACCUGAAAAACUUGCACCAAGUAAACGAUUAAGGCGCGAUCGACGUUCAUCACCUGAAUCUGAGCUCGAAGAAUUACCCAGAGCCCGACCCGAUAAGAGAGAUAGAAAACAUUACAACAGAGAAAGAAGUGUUUCUCCUCCACAUGACAAGAGGCGUCGCAGGAGCUCUUCAAUCCAGUACGAAAGAAACGAAGAUACAUACUAUAAUAAGAAAUCAAUAAUCGAGAGAGAUGCUAGUAGACCUCGGCGGGGAAGUUCUCCUUGUGAGGAUAGAAGGGCGCCAAGGCGAAAUGAAUCACCAGAUUACAGAAAAAAGAAAGAAGAACCACAACGAAAAGAAAAGGAAGACAAAUACGACAAAAAAAGAAAACCCAGCCGUGACCGAUAUGAAAAUGAAGCGCCGAAACGCAGAGAAAGAGACGAUUACGAGGAACCAUCUAAGCAAAGGAAACAUAAAAGCCCGAUUAAGGAGAGAGAUGAACGUGAAGCCUCGCCCGGAUACAAAGAACGAUCUCCAGUGACUAAGUCAUAUAAAAAUCGAGAAUCUCGCAACGACGAUAGGUAUUAUAAGAACUCGAGACCAGAAAGAAGGUCGUCCUCUUCGGAGUCUGAGCCGCCAUCGAAACCACUAUCAGAUAAGGUUCGCAGAAGCAAAGAAAAAUAUCACAAAGAUAGAAGUAUAUCGCCACCACCGAGAGAAAGAGAGAAAAGACGGAGCCGGUCUUCUGAAUAUAGAAAAAGAACGUCACCAAAAAGCAAAGUAGAUAAACACAAAAUGAAAAUAAUAGAAAACGACCGUGAUCGAAGCAGGUCGAAGAAAAGAUCUCCUACGCCGGAUCUGAAGCGGAGUAGACCGUCACCCAGUAGGUCUCGAUCACCGUCGCCGGCGCGGAAAGUUUUAAAAAAGGAAAAGCGAAAAGCUGACGCUCCCAGUACCUCGAAAGCGAAACGACCAUCAGAACGACGCUCGUUGUCGCCUGAGCGGAGACGCAAAGAUGAUAAAGAUCGUAAUCACGAUCGGCGACAAUCUCAAAAACCAAAAUCCAGAUCUCGUUCAGUGCAAAAGAGCAGGAGUACAUCCAGUCUGAGCUAUUCACCAGCUCGACGGAGUCCGGAACGAUACCGCGACAUCAUAGAUAAACUGCCCGAAAAAGACAAACGUAAAUACAUCAAAUCGCCAUCGGAUUUACAUAAGAAAAAGAAGAAGAAGCAUCCAGCUAACUAUAAGCCGAAGGCCGUUUGUAUGAGAAGCUCUGGGAGCGAGAAUGACGACACGGAGGACGAUUUUUUAGGGCUCGACGAGAGAGUACGUCAGGAGGAGUUGGAUUUAAGGGAAAUGAAUACUUUGAAGGAGAAACUGGCGAAAAUGGCUAAAGCAUUAGAAAGGAAGAGAGUCGAGGAAACCAAUGGACCGUCGACGUCGCAACCUGUGCGGGAGGAGUCUAAGCCGAGAGAAGAACCCGAAGAGAAACCUAAAGAAGAAAACAGUCCUGUGGUGAUUGAGAUCAAGGAGAACUCGCCACCUCCAGAGGAGAGCAAAAAGAGCCCCAGCCCUAAAAAGGCGAAGAGUCCCAGUUGCAAGGACGACCCGGUGGGCGGUCGCGGCCGCAGUUGGUCGUCGUCGCGGUCCCGGUCGCGCGGCAAGUCGCCCCGCUCGCGCUCCCGCUCGCGUUCCCGCUCCCGCUCCCGCUCACGCUCGCGCUCGCGCACGCCGCGCACCUCUCGCUCCAGGUCACGGUCGCGCUCCUACUCCUCCUCCAGACGAUCUCGUUCGAGUAGGUCCAGUUCGUACAGCAGUAGAAGCUCGUCGCGUUCCUCUCGCUCCUCGUCUCGUUCCACGCGCUCCUCACGGUAAGGAAUAUCGUUGCCGAUACUAUUUUAUCGAUAAUACGGCUGUCGAAGCGUCUCGAUUGUGACGUUACUAUCUCUUAUGAUUAAUGUAUUUUUGAUUGAAGUUUGUACCUUGUUUUUAAUCGUUCAUUAUGAUAUACUCGAUAAUGGUAUGUUACAUUCACCAUAUUUUUCUACGAGUGAAAAAGUUCAUAUUUCUUAUUUUUUUUUUGCAUUUUGUAAUAUAAUGAAUGUAUGUAUUGAUUUGGCUUAUACAAGCUAUUGAAAUACAUUUAUUUGUGUCCUACAAAAAAAAAAAACGAACUUAAUAUUUUUUAUAUACUUAAAUAUACCCAACUAAUAUUUUAAUACACUAACAAAAUAUUAUACAACAUUACUAUAGAUAGAUAGAUAGAGAUAGUAACAAAACAUCGAGGCGCGUUCGUCACGCCGCGCCGUCAAGUCGACACCGAGAUUAAUCGUGGUUUUUCAAUUCUCUCUGUUUUCCGCUAAAUGAAAACGGUAAAUGCAUGCAUGCGAUGGUACGUACACUGACAGUACAAUGACGGGCGUGUACGACGAUUACCGUAGAUCGAGUCCGUCUCGGCCGCGGUCGCGGUCGCGAUCGCCAUCGAUCCCACGCCGCGCCGGAUCACCUAGCUUCCUCGAUAGGAGGCGAAUCACCAGGUACACAAACUACCCACGAACACAUCCCACAUAUAUCUACACUCGCAUAUAUACACUAUCCUUGAUCCCAUGUGGUCUACCUGGCUCCAACAUAUUACUCCAACGGCUCCAACUGUGCUGAGCGGGCUCCAACAUAUUUCUGCGAUGUUAUAAUAAAUGCAUUCGUCAGAGUAGCCCUUUUUAUUGUAUAUAUGGACUGUAUACAAUAAAAUUAUGGUUAAUGCUAUGAACU